CAGUGUCUCGGUAGACCUCCAUCUGGAACCUAGCUGCGUUCACAGGAAACGCUCGCUCGCUCGCUCGCUCGCUCGGUGUCACGUGUGUAACGCGAGGCGGAAACGCGGCGUGCCCGAUGACGCGUAGAAUCCCAAAGCCAGUAGACGAGGGAUCACGGUGAUCGCAACGUCUUCCGAUUCGACUCGCUUGUUCGCAGAUUCGAUUGUCCGUCUCGUCGGUGCUACGUGUGCCGCGAAUACGCAACGAUCGUUCACUCGGUGUGAUGAAACAGGAUUGCGCCCGCUCGCUUUUGCGUCGUCGUCUCGAUGCGUGGUCACAGCUGAAACAAGUGCUGCGGGGAGUCGACAAAUUUCAAGUGACAUCGCUAGUGCCGCGAAACAAUCUUACGCUUUAUAUGCUGUGCAACUGAAAGUAAAGUUAAGAAGGAAACGAAGAACGAGGAGAGGAGAAGAGAAAGACACCGAGGGAGGAGCUCCUUUAACCAGUUCGAAAAAACGGUCGAAAUGAGAAGGUGCGGCUUCGUCCUGUGGCUGGUCCUCGCUUGCCUCACCAGCGACGCGUUGCAACAGUACAGGGAAAAGAACAUAAGCGGCGCCGAGACAGACGCGGUGCACGCGAUCUUGGCCAGAUACCUUCAGAGGCGUCUUCAGGGGUCUCAGCUGUCGACGCCUCCGCCGCCGGCGGUCCUCUUCAGUAGCCAUAACCAGGCCAGAGUGAGACAAGGUCAGAGGACGACUGGCAAUGCAUUGCCGAGGAAUGCGAGCGAGAAAGAGAGGAGGGGAGGAAUGGAGGAUUACGAGGAUUACGAGGACGACCUUGAGGGCUUCGAGGACAGUGAGAGGAGCAGGACCAGAUUCGAUUUGUUCGCCGACGACUGUCCCAACUGCGUGGACGAGCACAGCACCAACCUCGCCGCCUCCAGAUGGACCAUGCCGCUGUUGAAGCUCGGCGAGAAAAGAUAUUACCUGGGGAUCUUCUUCAAGGCCAAUUGGUACAGAGCGUCUCAAUAUUGCCGAUAUCACGGGAUGCAUCUGGCGAGCAUAGCGUCUCAGGAGGAGAACGACAGACUGGAGAAACAUAUUAAGGAUUUCGGUCUUGGACACGAGCACUUUUGGACCUCUGGUACGGACCAGGCCGAGGAAGGUACUUUCUUCUGGAUGGCCAAUGGCAGACCUAUCACUUUUGAAAAUUGGAACGUGGGCGAGCCGAAUAACUUCAGAUACGAGAACGGUGAGGAAGAACACUGCCUCGAGCUGUGGAAUAGGGAUGGCAAGGGAUUGAAGUGGAACGACAGUCCGUGCAGUUUCGAGACCUUUUUCGUUUGCGAGGUGCAAUGAUCGAUCCACCCGACUGCGGGAUUGACGAAACACCAAUCUUCGAAGAUCAUCGAUCCGCCCGAUUGGAUUCGCGAUACAACAUCGAUCUACUGCUACCUUAUCGAGUCGUCCGGCCAACUACUGUUGCUGAUCGAUCGAUUCCUCUCCAUCGAACGAAAAUGGAAGAAAACUGACUCGUUGUGUGUGUGCGCGCGUGUAUUUCGCGCUCGUACGAUGGAUGCACGCCGAGGAAUCGCAGUCAGAAUGACGAACCUGUGUAAAGAUAUUUUUGCGAAACUGUAAACUCGUAUUUCAAUCUUGGAGAACUUUUGGAGAAAGUAUUGUAAAGUUCUCGCUAUUGUAAAGUUUCGUGCGUUCUAUUUUGUAUCUGAACAAUAUAAUAAGCGUAUAAUAAGCAGAAAUAAUGAAAAUGUCUUUUUACCGGAUAAGAACUGAUUUAACAUUUAGCUUAUUAUCGUUUCUCCUAGAUAUAAUAUUUGCUUUUUAAACAUAGAAAUCGUAGAAUAAGAACUUACAAGUUUUAAUAUCGAUAUAACGUAAAUUAGUCAUUUGUCGUUGAUAUAAGAAUUUUUUUUUUGUGGAUAAUAGAUAGAUUUAGAUGAUAAAUGAAUUGGAGUUCGCGUGCGUGUUUAUUUUUCUAAAUAAAAAAAUUGUAGAAUUAUAGACGCAUCGUUCGACUCGUAGAACUCCAGUGAAAUGCAAAGAUCGUUGUUAAGUCAGUUAAGUCAGAAAAUCAGGGAAUUUUUCGAUUUUACCGAUCAAUGGAAUCACAUGGAUUAUUCGUUAAAAUUUCAAGUUCCAUCGAUUGGCAAAAUUUUUCACUUCUUAUCGUAUAAGCUACCAUUUUCCUUUUUCAUUAACCAAAAGCUCACCACCGUUAAGAAAAAAAUGAUGAAAGAAAACGACGAUUAAACCGGAUAACGUAAAAUAUAUUUUUAUUUUCCAAUUAAUAAUUGGUAAGCAAAAAAAUAAAUAAAUAAAUCAAUAACCAAAUUAUUACGUUGAAUAUCAUAUAGCAAUUAGCGAAUCAAUUUAAUGUUUAUGAGCGAAAUAUGUUUGCUUGAAAUUUUAUGAUUUUGAUGUGGAAACACUAAAUCCGGACGUUAUAAACGAAAUUACGUAUUUAUAUGUGGCAUCGUAUAGCACUAUGCAAUAAAAUCCAAGUCAAAUAUUACUAUUUUUUAAUCCCUCGAUGUUUCCAAUUAAUGUUAUAUAACUUCCAAUAUAAUGUUAUAUGAUAUACGACAAAAAUAGAAAAACUUUAAUAAUCUUGUUCAAUCUAAUAGCGAAAAGUUUACAUGCCCGUUCUGUUUUUCAAUGUAAAAGAAAACUGUAACAAAAGCGUGUUUCUUUGAUGAUCGAUCUAACGUUUCUUCAAUUUUCAAUGAGUGAAAAAAAUCUCGCGUUUUCUACAGGGACGUUGGUUUGAACAUCAUGGCGACGAAGCAUCCAAACACGUCCAAAUACUACUGAAUAGAUACCGCGGCAAACCGCGUUUUUAGAAAAAGAUAAAAAAUUCGAUGAUAAAACGAGCAGAAUAAUACAGGAAAAAAAAAAGAAAAGAAAAGGAAAGGAAAGAAAAGAAAACAAAAAAAAAUGAAAAAACGAAUGAACGAAGCAAAAAAGGCAUGCAACUGUAAUGAAAGUUGUUCUCCCGGAACGUUGUAUUCCCGUAACGGAUCUUUCCGGUCGACGUGACCCAUGCUUCGUCGUUUCAACGUUCUUCCAUCCUUUCCUUUUCAAGCCGACAUCAGCCCAUCAACGUGCGAGUCCCCUCUAUAGGAUUGACAGAACCAAUUAGUGGUUCCGUCGAUUUUUCGUCGUUUCUGAGGGGAAGCAACAAUACCGUGGAGAGAGGUAGCGGACCGGUAAAAAGGGAAAAUAGUAUAAAAAAAAUAAAAAAAAAAAAAAAAAA